UUAGGGAAUAACCGGAGUGACACGUCGCAAACUCUCCAUAAUCAAGGAGACCUUUUUCCUGGGUGGUGAUCUCCAAAAUUGCUCAGUGAGCAACCUUAAUUAACCUGAUUUUUUGCUGAUAAUCACUCACAAUGGAAUCAAAUCACAAAUCCGGGGAUGGAUUGACCGGCACACAGAAAGAAGCCGCUCUCCGUGCAUUAAUUCAGCGAACAGGAUAUAAUUUGAUGCAGGAAAAUGGGCAGAGGAAAUACGGAGGCCCACCACCUGGCUGGGAUGGCCCUCCACCAGAGAGGGGGUGUGAGAUCUUUAUUGGGAAACUGCCCCGAGACCUCUUUGAAGAUGAACUUAUACCACUAUGUGAAAAAAUUGGCAAAAUCUAUGAAAUGAGAGUGAUGAUGGACUUUAAUGGCAACAACCGGGGCUAUGCCUUUGUGACCUUCUCAAACAAACAGGAGGCGAAGAGUGCGAUAAAGCAACUCAAUAAUUACGAAAUUAGGAACGGGCGUCUCCUCGGAGUCUGUGCCAGCGUGGACAACUGCCGCUUGUUUGUGGGAGGGAUCCCCAAAACCAAGAAGAGGGAGGAAAUUUUAGCAGAGAUGAAGAAAGUCACAGACGGAGUCGUGGACGUCAUUGUCUACCCUAGCGCAGCUGAUAAAACCAAAAACCGGGGUUUUGCUUUUGUGGAAUACGAAAGCCAUCGGGCGGCAGCCAUGGCCAGGAGAAAAUUGCUGCCAGGAAGGAUCCAGUUGUGGGGACACCCUAUCGCCGUUGACUGGGCAGAACCCGAAGUGGAGGUGGAUGAAGACACCAUGUCAUCGGUAAAAAUUCUAUACGUGAGGAACCUCAUGCUCUCAACAACUGAAGAGACCAUAGAAAAGGAGUUCAACAACAUCAAACCAGGUGCAGUAGAGAGAGUAAAGAAAAUUAGAGACUACGCCUUUGUGCACUUUAAUAAAAGAGAAUAUGCGGUGGAAGCUAUGAAAGCCUUGAAUGGGAAGGUGCUGGAUGGGUCCCCAAUCGAGGUGACGUUAGCCAAACCCGUUGACAAAGACAGCUAUGUCAGAUACACCCGGGGCACAGGCGGCAGAGGCACCAUGCUACAAGGAGAAUACACCUACGCCUUCGGACAUGUGUAUGACCCCGCCACCGCCUACCUGGGUGCCCCAGUUUUCUACGCGCCCCAAGCCUAUGCAGCUAUCCCCAACUUCCACUUCCCCACCACCAAGGGGCUCAGCAACAGGAGCAUCAUCCGGCCCCCGUCCAUCCGAGAAAUUUACAUGAAUGUACCUGUAGGGGCUGCGGGAGUUAGAGGACUGGGAGGUCGAGGCUACCUGGCGUACACGGGCCUGGGGCGAGGAUACCAGCUCAAAGGAGAAAAGAGGGGAGAGGAUAAACUCUACGACCUCUUGCCAGGAAUGGAGCUCACGCCAAUGAACCAUGUCACGCUAAAGCCCCAAGGGAUCAAACUCGCUCCUCAGAUUUUAGAAGAAAUCUGCCAGAAAAACAACUGGGGACAGCCUGUUUACCAGCUCCACUCUGCAAUUGGCCAAGACCAAAGACAGCUCUUCUUAUACAAAAUCACCAUCCCUGCCCUUGCCAGCCAAAAUCCCACCAUACAUCCCUUCACACCACCCAAGCUCAGCGCCUAUGUCGAUGAAGCCAAAACCUACGCAGCAGAAUACACCCUUCAGACACUGGGGAUUCCCAUGGAGGGAGCAGAGAUGCCUUCUGCAGCACCAGCUUUUCCAGGAUAUACCAUUGCUAAUGCAGCUGCAACCGUCACAGCCACUCAGCUCAAACAAGCAGUGACUAUGGGACAAGACUUAGCAACGUAUGCAGCCUAUGAAGCCUACCCUGCUUUCGCAGUCGCUGCACGCAGCGAUGGCUACGGAGCAUUUUAAUCCUGUCUUUAAUCAAGUUCCCUUAAAUUGAGCACAGGCAGAAAACAAAUCUCAGUCUGGUAAUUCUUACACCCUCAUGAUUUUAAAGUGAUCCGUUGCCUAAAGUUAGAUUUUAGUCAGAAUUUAAUUUCUGUAGUUCUUUAGUUUCAUAACAGGAUACUAGGGGGGAAAGGAGAAAAUAAAAAAAAAACAAAGAAAAAAAUCACUCAAAAUCAGAUUUUCAUGCUAGAAAGCAGAAUCUCAGCCCAGAAAAUGAAUGGUUCUCAGAUGUGUGUAUAUACAUACAUAUGUAUAUGUAUGUAUACAUACAAAGAGUCCAUUGUGUAUGUGUUUACAAGCAACAACCUGUGCUGAAAACAGUCCCAUGGACAUUGUGACAUGAGACUGGGGCACAAUGGGGUGUCUCUAGGAAGGCCCUCUGUGCACCAGGAGUUCUCCUCUAUUCACCCCAAAAUUUCUCAAGCCAGGCAGAGGAAUGGGUAAAAUGAAAGGUUGCCCUUUGGCCAUUUGGAGGUCUCCAGUUUGCCUCUUACUGCCUCUGAGCAUUCCAUGCCACCAGUGCUGUAAGGAUGUGUUCAGACAUUGCAAGCACCUUUAAAACUCGUUCUGGCAUAGCCAAGGAAAAAACACACUUAUCAUAAAUGUGUCUGCCCACCGUAACAGGCUAGUUUGCAUGCUCUUGAAUGCUAAUUUGAUUUUUAAAUCAGGAGGCAAGCGUUGAGCAGAGCUUUCCCUCUUACUUUGCUACUUCCCAGCCAUACCUACAAGCCACAAAACAGCAAAUAACGGUGUAUUUUUCCCACCUCCUAUCAAAUGGCACUUUCAGUGAAAGAUAGGAAAACUUUUAGGACUAUUCAGAUUGAGGACCAGAAAAAUACUAUUCACCAGGGCCAAUUCUCUACUUAAUUAGAGCACAAGAGCUCACAGCCACAGCCCAGUAAUAAAAGGCACCUCUACAAGAAUGAAAAUGUAUACAGGGAAACUUUUUGACAGGAUGGAAAGAGCCCUGCCUGGCUAUAAGCGCUGCUUUGCACAUUAAAGCAAGGCUGCUGGCUGCUGCAAUUCUUGUAAAAUUUAAUUUAGUGGAAGAGGGUUCAUGUCAACAGUAAAGGUACCUCUUGUUUUGGAGAGUACCAGUGAGCAUCCUCUAGGUUACAGCAGGAAGGCAUUAUCCAUUUAUUUUUGCCAUCAAAUUGAGGCAAGAGUAACGAUGCUAUAGAGAUAUAGAAGAAACCCGGUGUUAGAAAAAUACAGCAGACAGGUUAAUCCUGUCGAAUAUGUCCUAUAAAGUAAUGCACAAUAAGAAAACUUAUCUGCUCGGUUUAGGACAAAAAAUAAGCCUUUUGGGGGGAGAAUUUAAAACGAGGUUGAUGAUACCCAUUGAUUCCAACAGAUCUGACCCCACAGUUUUCAUCCACUCUAAAAUGUGCAAUGUAACACUGUACAAUCCAUUUCAAGUGGAGUUUUCCCCAUGCAUCCAGAAAGCUGUACAAAACACAAUGGUGCAUGAAAAGGUGUUGACUACCACGAGCUAUGUUUUUUGUAUUCUCAUGCUUUGGCUGACUUGAUUUCACUAGGAAUGGAACAAAAACACAUAAGCUGUAUACUUUGCAAUCCUUUUAGAUGCUUUCUAUUUAUAAAGUAGCUCAUUAAGGUGAUCCUAAAGGUAUUACAAGCCCUUUGUGGUUGCUGUUCAGCAUGCUUGUCAGCACAGAAAAAGACAAACCUGUUCACAGAGGGCAAAAUAACUGAGUGUUAUGAGUAUGGCUUUAUUUCCUCUUCUAUGUCUUUUAAGUAGUGUUUGACUGCCAAUAAGUAACAUAUCCAUGUCUCUCUCUCUCUCUCUCUCUAAAAGACUACCAUUGGCAGAAAGUGUUUCUCUCUUUCCAUGUUCGGUAACUUUAGUCUGCUUUUUCAGCUAUUUAUGUAAAUUCAGAAAGAUGUCAAAGAAAAGGGCAAGAAGCAGUAUUAAAAAGUGUGUGCAUGAAGCACUUAUUUUUGUACGCGUAGUACAAUAUUUGUAUAGAGUUUUAACACUAUGAAGUGUAGUGAAAAAUCAUGCUAUCCAUUUACUGGACAAUGAUCAUGUAUGUUUAAAAAGAAUGAAGUGGAAAUGGCAUCUCAAUCAUCCGUUACAAGGAAAUUAUAACUGUGAUUAAGUUCUGUGAAGCAAGUCUGUAAUUCUAGAGUAAUCCAAGGACGUUAACUGGACUUUGAGAUAUCAUUAAAACUUUUUAAACAAA